CCAGACUGUUGACAUAUAUAGGAACUAAUAAUAGAUUUGGAAAUAUUAUUUUUUAGUUUUAUUUCAAUUUAGUUUUAUUUUAAUUCAGUUUAAUUGAAUGAUAAGUAAUUAUGACUGACAUUGAAAAUUGGUUGGACGAAAAUUUAAUUCCAAAAUUGAAGACUUGUUUAAAGAAAACAGAAUGCAAAGUGGAAUAUGUAAUUUCAGUGCCAACUGAUUGUGUUUUUAUGGCUCGAGUAUGUCUUCUGGAUUUGAAAUUUAUUAAUAACCAAGAAAAAAUUGAAAAUCAGAUUUAUUUGGCUGUAAAACGUCCUCCGCUGGGUGAAAAAGGUCGCCAUGUAUUCAACCUUGACGCAGCGUUUCACAAUGAAAUACUUUUCUACACGAAAUUUGCAAAAUACACCGACGACUUUCCAAAAUUAUAUUACGCUCAUGAAAAACCUUCGUAUGACUCUGUUAUUGUCACAGAAAACAUUAACCAUCAAGGUUACUAUUUAAAUUCAAACAAGGCGAAUUUAAACAUCAAUUACAUUAUAUCGUCAAUGCGUGAAAUUGCCAAAUUUCAUGCCAAAGGUUACAUAAUGAAAGAAAAAAAUCCCAAAGAAUUUUUCGAAAUAGUAAAAAGUAUACAAACUUGUCGUCUACCACCAACGGAAAAUAGUCAUGGAGUAAAGAAAACCAGACCCUCCGUUAAAAGAAUAAUUAACUAUCUCCAAAAACAUAAUUACGAUGAAACUUUUACCAAAAAAUUACAAAAAUUUUUACUCAAUGGAUUUUCAUAUGCACAAUUAGAACUUUCCAAACCAGUCGAACCAUUAUCCACAUUAUGUCACGGUGAUUUUAUUCGAAAUAAUGUAUUUUUCCAAGUAACGGAUAAUUUAAUUAAAACAAAAUUAAUUGAUUUUGGAAUGAUAAAUUAUGGUUCACCGUGUAAUGAUGUUGCACAUUUUUUGUAUUUAAGUGGAGCUCGAUUACACCGGAGGGAGAAAUUUCAAGAAAUUUUCGACGAAUAUCACAAAACAUUGAUGGAGAAUUUAAAAAAUGCUGGUUUAGUGGAUCUUGAGAGAUUUUCUAAGGAUUUGUUUUUGGAAAAUUACAAAAGACAUGCUUUCUUUGGUUACUCGAUAGCCGUUAUUUUUUUGCCUGUUAUGCUGGGACUAUUUAAAGAAACAACUGAUGAAUUAUUAUCUCUUCCUAUUGAUGAAUUCGCUCAAAUGUUUGCCGACGUUGGUGGCGAUGAUUAUACGGAAACUUUAGUGCAAAUGAUAUUUGAUUUGCGAGACGCUGGAACUUUGGAUGUUAUAAAUGAUGUUUCAGUUGAAUAAAUUUUUGAUAUUUUCUAUUCUAGGGCUCGAACUAGGUCCGUAAAUUUCGUAAAGGUCCGUAAAUUUGCUUGAAGUCUGUAAAAGCCAAGUUUUUUGAAAAAAA